CCCACUGAGGAGGGAUUGCUUGUGCUCGUUCGCCGGUGUGGUUUAAUUUUUCGGCAUCAUUGCAGCUUUUGUCCGGCGGUCUCUGGUUUGCUUCCUCGUCGAAAUUCUCGAGACCUUGUUUGCCGGCGUUGAUCUCCGGCUCCUGUCCUUCUGCCAACGCAACCGCCGCGCCGUCCCUCACCAGUCACCGAGCUCGUUGCCGGCUUGUCCAUCGUCGCGCCUCUACCUCGCUUGCCGGCACUCUUCGUCGCGCUGCAGCCGCGAGAGCAGUUUUGCCGACUUAUUCUAACGCCACAGCAGCAGUCCCUGGCGGUUUCCGGUGAUUCCAGGCGGCAUCCAGGCUCCACUCGACGCCACCGCUUGCUGUUUUGUUUCCUCUGCUACGUUUGAUUUCCUUUCGCAGGUUGCAUAGAGCAGACUAGCAUUGACUGAAUCCACACUGUCGCCGCCAAGGAGAGUCCGGCUGACCUCAGCUUUCCAGUUAGACUGCCCAAAACCAACAAACCUUCACCGUUGCAUCUUUUAUUCUAGCUAACCUGUCUGCAAUUUGCUGUGUCCUUGCUGAAUUGCCAUCGUCGCUGCUUUGGGCCUGACGUUCCUCCUCACCCGUCGCUGUAAAGCUGCCCGUCGUCAGACCCAAUUCUUGGAAAGAAAUACUUCAAACUAGAAUUUUAGCAGACGCAGCUGAGAUGGAAAGAAAGAGGAGCCUUUCUCUGGAAACUGGGUCCACACGCCAUAGCUCAUCGGGAAAUAAGUCUGAGGUGUUCUUGAGUUUUCGAGGACCGGAUACUCGCACUAAUUUCACAGAUUUCCUCUAUUAUACCCUGCUUGAUAAGAGUAUCAGUGUUUUCAUAGACAAGCAGGGGAUUGAUGUUGGUGAAGAGAUCGGUCCCGAGAUCUUCCAAGCCAUCGAUGACUCAAAAAUCUGCAUUCCCAUCCUCUCCAGAGGCUAUGCCUCUAGUAGCUGGUGCCUGCGCGAGCUGGAACACAUGAUGCAGCGUAGGAAAACCAAUGAACUUGAGGUUAUGCCCAUUUUCUAUGACGUGGAACCCUCUGACGUGAAGCUUGAAACCGGAGUGUAUAGGGAUGCACUAACUCUACAUGAACAAAAACGUGGUAUUGAGAUUGUGCAGCGCUGGGCGGAGGCACUCAAGGAAGUUACUAGAAUCAAGGGUUGGGACACCAAGAAUAUAGGCCACGGAGAACUUGCACGAUUGAUUAGCUCGGAAAGUGUUAGUUAAGCUUAAGGUGUCUUGUGUUCAUAUACCCGAUCAUUUAGUUGGAA